AUGGGAAUAAGCAGCAUGAAGGUGCACCAGUUCGCACGUGGACUCUGGGAACACGAACCCUCCCUCACUCUUGGCUGCACCAAACGCCUACGCCCUCUCGCUCCCAAACUGGCCAACACCACCGCAGGCGACACCACUACCACUGCCCUUGCUCCUUUCGACCUCAAGAGCUUCAUCAGACCUGAAAGUGGCCCUAGAAAACUAGGAUCCUCUGAUCAUCAGGAGAAGAAAGAUUCCCCCCACCCCCAGGUAGAGACGCACCCAGGAGGGACGCGUUGGAACCCAACGCAAGAACAGAUAGGAAUACUAGAAAUGCUGUAUAGGGGAGGCAUGCGCACUCCUAAUGCACAGCAGAUAGAACAAAUAACAGCUCAGCUUGGCAAGUACGGCAAGAUAGAAGGCAAGAAUGUGUUUUACUGGUUCCAAAACCACAAAGCACGCGAGAGGCAGAAGCAAAAACGCAACAGCCUCGGCCUCAGCCAUUCUCCCAGAACACCAACUCCUGUAAUUACCAACCUGGGAGAAGUAGUAGGGGAAAGAGAGGAAGAUAGUCCGUACAAGAGAAAGUGUAGGAGCUGGGGAUUUGAUUGCUCUGUAGAAGAUAGUGUAGUUUGUAAGGCGGACGAAGUCGUGGAGGGAGGUAGAGGUAGAACUUUGGAGCUCUUCCCAUUACAUCCGGAAGGGAGAUGA